AUGGAUCAGCCCAUGGUCGAAGGAUACUUUCAAGAUGAGCAGCUCCGUAAAGGCCCCGUUUAUGGGGCAGGUCCUCAGCUGGGACACGCUGUGCUAGCUGCCUGGACUCGAUCCAGGCUGUUACCCUUUCGCAGCGUCUAUCUGUACCGGCAGCAAGACAGGAGAUGUGCCAUUGUACACCCUGCCCAGCGUUACAGGUAUAAACCGGCGCUUUUUCGGAACAGGGCUGGCCCAAACGCGGGUGCAGCUAAUUGUGAACCUGUACACUGCCGGCCUGUCAAAAAACUGCCACGAAAUCUGCACAGCUGGGCUCGGGCUCUAGCAGAGAACGCUGAAAGGCAGGAGCCGGGAAGGGUUAACCCCGUGUCAACACCUUCUGGUGAUCCAUACGCUAUCCCGGCGCUGUUCCGCCGACACGGCAGCUGCACCCGCCCGCCCGGGGCCGCGCCUGGCCCCCGGAGCCCCCGGCACCCACGGUGCGCUCCCGGCCCCGGGGGAGCCGCCAGCGCUCCCCGAGAUGCUGCGCUGCAGUUUGCCGACAACUCCGCGCUCCACUACCCACCGAGUCCGGCCGAGGCACCGGGGGCCGGACCCCGACUCUCGCCCGCCCCGUUCCCCCGCCGCCGACCCCCGCCGCGGGCGAGCGCGGCGGGGCCGGGCAGGGGUGGUGGGGGGCGAUGCCCGCCGCUUUUUAUUGCGGCGGUGCCGACCCCGCACCGCGCCCCCAACCCCUGCAAAGCCUCCAAGUGUCUGAGGCCUCCGGGAUCAGGGUUUCAGAGCGGCUUCUCUGCCGGCGAAAGGGCGAGGGGCAACUCCGCCGGGGAACGCCGAGCCAACCCGCCUUUCCCUCCUUACUUUUGCGGCGUGCCCCCCCCCCUCGCCCCCAUCCCCGGCUCCCUCAUCCCCGCGCCCGCCGGGCUGCUCGGCGCUGCGCCCGCCGGCUGCCGCCCGCCCGCUGGCCCCAGCCAGCACAAAGCUCCCCGGCCUACCCUCCCGGCCCCGCCGCCGCCACCCCCGGCCCCGGGCCGCCGGCGCCCCGCCGCCCCCGCGCCCGGCCGGACAGCGGCGGAGGGCAGCGGGGGCACGGCCUGGGCAGCGGAGCAGGGCAGGGCAGCCUCGCUCAGCGCCGCCGACAUCGCCGCCUGGGCUGCGGGGAAGCGCCGCUGCCGCCGCACCGACCCGACCCGACCCGACCCGGCGGGCUCGGGCGGUCACGGCGGGGGCGCGGGGGCCGCGUUCAUCCUCAGCAUUGUUUGCGGGAGGCUGGACCGGCGCCGCCGCCGGAGCUCCCCCCCCCCCCCCCCCCCCCCCCGCCCCCGCCACGCCCCCCCUCACCCCCCGCGGCCGGGGCAGAGCCUGCGCCCGACCCCGCGGCGGCGCCCGGCGGCGGCCCUGGCUCCGGCUCCGGGUCCGGCCGCGCUCCGGCUGCGGGAGCGGCAGCGGGGCGGCGGCGAGGGCGGGCGCGGUGCAGUGAUCGGGGCUGCCACUGGGGUCAGGGAGCAGGCACCAGGAAACACGGCGGCCACGGCGCUGCUCGCACACACACGCACACACACAGAGACACGCACGGCUCCUCCCGCUGCCUCGCACUUCACCCCCCCGGGCAGGGAGGGAGGGAGCGAGCGAGCGCUGCUGCAUUUCCCCAGUGCCGCACAGGCUCCCCACGCUGGAGCACGGCUCUCGCUGCCGGGGUCACAGAGCCGGAGCCCCCCGGGACCCCCUCCCCGCCAAGGGGCAGCGCCCCGCUCGCUCGCCCACAGACACGGCCGGCCCCGCAUCGCCGAGCGGCUCGUCCGCUGCCCACCGAGAUGA